CCCUAAUCCGGCCGUAGAGCAGCUUCCGAGCUCCAACAGACGCGGAAUCGUGCCGCAGCCGCCGCGUCGCCGCCCGCCCGCGCCUCCAGGUUGCCCGCCCGCGCCGCCGCCAGACUGCCCUCCACCCGGCCGCUCGCCUGCUCGGCGCUCGCGGCGCCGGUGCGCCAUCCGCCGCCCCGCCCGGCGCCCCCCGCCCCCGCGGCCCGCGCGUUCGGCCGCCGCCAGUUGGGCGAGAUCCCGGCGUCCCGCUCGGCGCGACGGCCAGGCGCCCAGGCCAGCGAGGGGGCUUUUCGUCGCCGGCGCCGGACCAUUCGCCCCCACCGGCGCCGGGCUCGCGGCGGCCGCCGUCUCCACCGCAGCACCCCCCGCCUGACAAAUCGAGUCCAGCAGCAGAUCUCCCACCCGCCACAUCCCGGCCCUAGCGUCACCACCAGAGUCCUCUACAGCGAGCCUACUUCAAGUGCACUCUUGUCCUUCGCAACGGUGCCCACACUGGCAUCGUCAUCCACUUCUUUGUGCUCUCCCCCACCAGCCUGUCCAUACAAUCUCCGUUACAAACGCGCCAAGACAACUGCUAAGCACCUGGUUUUUGAGCAAGCACAGGAGUGGAGAUGCAGAGGCUGGGGGAUUUCAGGCUGCCGCCCUUCUUCAACUACCCACCUUACUUCACUUUGCAGCCUGUGCGCGAAACGCGGGAAAAGCAAGUACAGUUAUGGAAAGAUCUGAUACUUGAUUACUGCAGAAGUCAAAAGAUACAUACGAUAUCACUGGAAGAAGAUUUCCCCUUGUUCUCCAAUCCAAAGAUCGAGAGAUCUCUUAGCCACGAAGCAAAGGAAGUGUUCCUUGCAGCUCUUGUCAGUGAAGGUCGUGCAGAGUGGAUGGAUAAAGGUCACAAGAAGUGCCUCAUUCUUUGGUUAAGGAUACAAGAUUGGGCCAAUUUCCUAAUAAACUUUGUAAAGGAUAAUGGAUUGGAAGUAAUGACCAUUGAAGAAAUACGCUCUGGAACCGAUACUCGUGGAACUGAACUUGAGGGAAUCGAUCGUAGUGUUCUCAUGCGGGCUCUGCGGCAGUUGGAACAGAAAGGCAAAGCAGCUAUCUUCAAAGGCACUUCGGCCGAUGAUGAAGGCGUCAAAUUUUCUGUGUAAAUUUCUUUGCAAAUCCUCAAAACUGGCAGACCAAUAAACGGAUCAGUCAGUGUCUUUGAACAUGACGUGAAACAUCACAUCCUUCCCGAGUAGCAGUAUUUUUUUGCAUGUUAGUAUUGAGUGCUGCGGUUGCUAAACUCCCCUAGUUCAUCGUUUCCUGGUUUGCUGUGGUGAAAUUUGACAAGAACGGUUGAACUGCUCA